AUCGUGCGCCCACAUGUGGACAGGUCACAGGGCUAACGGGGCUGCUGGACGCCGGGUAGUUUGUCAAAUGAAAUCCUUGCAGUUGUUGAGUAAUUUCUCUCACACUGGUGAUUUUUUAGCAAAGAGGACGCGGCUCGACGGACAGAAGCACAGGCAGACAUGUCGUACUGCAGACAAGAGGGUAAAGAUCGCAUCAUCUUUGUGACCAAGGAAGACCACGAGACGCCCAGCAACGCUGAGCUGAUUGCAGAUGACCCCAACGAUCCCUAUGAGGAGCAAGGCCUGAUCCUGCCAAAUGGAGACAUCAACUGGAACUGCCCGUGCCUGGGUGGCAUGGCCAGCGGACCGUGUGGCUCUCAGUUCAAAGAGGCCUUUUCCUGCUUCCACUACAGUAAGGAAGAGGUAAAGGGCUCCGAGUGCAUCGACUACUUCCGUAACAUGCAAGAGUGCAUGCAGAGGUACCCUGAGCUCUAUCCUCAGGAGGAAGAUAAAGAAAGCUCCGCCCAAGCAGAGUCCGAAGCUGGUCCUGACUCUGCUGCCCCGACUGAGGGCUCUGCCUUAUCCCCCGAAACUGACGCUCCCCUUUCCACUUCAGAUGUCUCAUCUGACGGCGUGUCCCCUACAGACAGUCAGACUGCCAGCUAAGGUCGAUCACUCGUCAUCCACAGGCUCUUGUUCCCUGUGUGCAAACACUGCCCAGCAUGAAUAACUCUCCAUGAGGAAGUCUGAUUGGUUUCUUCUCCCGUCGAAGCCUACAGAGAGGGCUUAGACUGACACAGCUCUGACACUCGCAGGCAGUAUUUACAAAGGCUAUCCGAGGAGGACUUUGUGAAUGCAGUAAAAUGUAGCGUAUGUACAAAAGUAUAUACUGCUUCAUUUGCUGAGCACUCAAACAUCAGUGGAUGAUAUGAUUUAAUGACAGCAGGCCAGGCUAUUUGCCGCAGGAACAUUAGCUCAAAGACUCACUUUAUAUGCAAUAGGUAAAUUAAUUUGCUGCGUGUUCUCGCGUCACCAGAAGAGUUGUUCAUUAUGUUUGUUGUCCUGUUAAGGUCGAUUGGUCAGGAUUAUCACUUAGCAGGGAUUCAUCACUAAUUGCUCCAUUUGACAAAUCUGAGCAGUAAUCACUAUGUUUUGUUUUUUUUUUUCUUCAGCUUUUCUUAGAAAUUUACUUCGACUCAAUACAGUUUUCACAGUUUAACAGUUGAAACCCUUUGCAUUUCCAUCACUUGAGAGACCAAAACAAAGCUAAUCUGUAAGAAAACAAGGCUACUGUAACAGCUUCUGUGCAGUGGUCAUUACAUUGAUAUUAACACUGAUGUUUUAACUGUGUUUGUUGACAUCUUGUAGUAACUGCAGGCUCUCCAUCUAGAUCUGUUUCCGCAUGAACGAUGGUUGUCAUUUGUGUUAACUGACACUGUAUCUGGCCUAGACCAAAGUGGUUUGUAACGUUUAACUGUUGUUGCAUAAAUGUUUUUGCUGUCUCAACACUGUCUAGAGUCUCCAGUUCGGAUGCUGUGGUCAUCGUUGAGUGUCAUUCAGGCCUUAAAAGACGUUAUGGUAUUUACCAGACAUGUCCAGAUUAAAAUGAUCGUCGAAAGAUUUCAA